AUUUCUACAAUGUUCAUCUACAGACUUGUAUUUCUUGCGCCUCUGAUAUUAAUGUUCAGCUUAGCUAAGGCUCGCCACCCCUUUGAUAUAUUUCACUGGAAUUGGAAAGACUUUCAGGAGUGCCUACAAGUUAAUAAUAUUACUAUAGGGGAAUAUGAGAAAUACGCGCGACUCGAGACUCUGGAUUACCUGCUCAACGAAAAAGUCGACUGGAGGUACAAGUGCAAUAUUAAAUGCCAGCUGGAGAGAGAUUCAACGAAGUGGUUGAAUGCUGAAGGUAAAAUGGACUUGGAUUUGAUGAAUACCACCAUUGAGGCAUCUAAAUCCAUUACCAAGUGCAUGGAGAAGGCUUCCGAAGAACCUUGUGCCUACAGUUUUAGACUGGUGAUGUGUGCAUUUAAGGCCGGCCAUCCCGUAAUGGAUUCUGAAUAAUUGUAUUUUAUUUGAAUUUGUGGCAUAAUACACGUUCCACACAUAACCCACAAAAAAUGCGACUAUUUGAAACGAA